CAGGCAUUCUGCCAUUUUUGGUCUUUGUUUUUAGUUUUGAAAGUUUAAUUGGUGUUGCUUUCUUUUGUAUACUUUGAGAUUUGCUCAGCUUCUUGAAUCUGUAAGUCUAUCUUUUACCAAAUGUGGGAAGCAUCAGGCAUUAGUUCUUUAUGUGCUCUCGCAGCUCUGGUCUCCUGUGAGACUCAGAUAACAUAAAUGCGGGGUCUUUUGUUAUCGUCCCACGGGUCCGUGCAACUUUUGUUCACUUGUUUUCAGGUUAUUUUCUUUCUAUUGUUUAGACUGUGUGAAUUCUGCUGAUCAGGCUUUAUGUUCUCUGAUUCUCUCCUGUGUCAUCUCCACUUUUACUCAACAGAGCGCAUCCUGAGAGAUUUAUUUUAUAUUUUAUGUUACUGUAUUUUAUAUUUCUAAUUUUCAUUUGAUUCUUCUUCAUUCUCUUUGCUGAAGUUUUCACUUUUUUUGUUUGUUGCCAUGGGAUUUCUCGUUACUUGUUGAAGCAUUUUUAUACUGGCUGUUAAAAGCAAAGAGUCAAAUGGUUCCAGCUUCUGACUCAUUUCAGUGUUGGUGUCUUCAGUUGUCCUUUCACAUUAAAAUUAUUAUUUUCUCAGUGGUACAACAGGUGAUAUUCUCUUGAUUCCUAUACAUUUUGGUUAUUCUGCUGGAAGGCCUAUGUAAUUUUUUUUAUUUUUGCAGGCAGUUCUUUUAGGUUUAGUAUGUAGGUCCUGGUAUACUUACUAGGCUGUGAAUCUAAUGACAAUUUAAUUUCAGAGCCUUCAUGGUGCUAUUUUGGUGUGUUUGGCUUAUCUGGUGCCUCUCCCACUGGUCCCUGCUGGUACCCACCUGAGGGAACAGGGGAGCUGCCCCAGGCUGGGCCAAAUGCUGCAGCUAGGUGGGUGGGGGAUGGUGGUUGUCUUGGUGUGUGGAGCUGGUUUUCUUGUGGGAAAGAUUGCCUUUGUCCUGAGGGGAUUGAGCCUGCCUGCGUUGCCUUCUGUUACUAGGUUGGGAGUUGGGAAACAAUGGGCCUAGGUCACCCUCUUGUUGGAUGGGGUCCAGGGAGACAGCUGGCCACUAUGCAUUCCCCAACACUAGAGUCCCUCAGCAGCCUUUUUCUGUCCACCUUUCAGAAUUCUCCAUUGAUCAUCUCUUGUCUACUGUUUCUAGAGUUGAGGUGACCCUUCUUAGUCAGGAGGGAAUAAUGCAUUGUCUUCUCUAUACCAGAAGUCCUUAAUGGUGGUUCUGGGUUGUAACUGUGCUAAAGGAAGAAUUGGCAUAUUGGUGAUAUCGUGUCUUUCUUUUCAAAUAAGGGCAUAUCAUUAUUCCGUAGGUAAUAUUUACAACACCUACUUCCUUGGGUUGAAGAGUGUGGUUAAGGCAAGGAAAGUACUUAACACAGUACCUGGUGUAGAGAGCACUUAACGAGUGUUGGCGGUGAUGCUAUUCCUUUUGUCCUUUGGUAGCUUAUUAAAGCUUUUCUUCUUUUUUAAAAAACUAAAGUUCUGGCAUAUUUCUUGUUAGGUUUAUCCUCUUUUGCUUUUGUUACAAAUAGGAACUUCCUAUCUGUUAUAUCUUCUACCUGGUUCUUUUGCUUUUAUGUGAAAAUGUUUUAGUAGCUUUUAAAAUGUUGCCUCCCAAAUGAGUUUUAACUUGUGUAUUUCUUUUAUUUCUUUUCUUUUUUUGAGACAGGGUCACACUCUGUCACCCAGGUUGAAGUUCAGUAACAGAAUUAUGGCUCACUGCAAACUCCGCCUCCCAGGCUCCCAAAGUGCUGAGUUUAUAGGCAUGAGCCACUGCACCUAGCCUUGCUUGUCAAUUUCUUUUAAGAGUGGGACUAUAAUUGAGCUCAGAGCUCCAAAAACAAAUGAAUAAAUGAAUGAGUGAAUGAUCUCUUCCCAUGGAUUUGGUGUGGUUUGGGGCUGUAUUCUUGAUCUAAAUGCUAUAUUUUAUGUAAUCUAAGAUUUCCCCUAGGUGUGUUACACAAUUGUGUCAUGUUGAACUUACACUGAGACUCUUGUUCACAUAUGCUGGUAUCAGCAUGGGCUUUUCUAUUCACUCUUUGAACUAUUUGUUUGGGGGGACACAGACCUGUGUCUCUUAUCAAGAGCAUCCAUUGGCCGGGCCCAGUCACUCACACCUGUAAUCCUGGCACUUUGGGAGGCCAAGGCGGGUGGUUUAUGAGGUCAGGAGUUCGAGACCAGCCUGGCCAAUAUGGUGAAAUCCUAUCUUUACUAAAAAUACAAAAAUUAGCCAGUCCCAGUGGUGGGCACCUGUAAUCCCAGCUACUUGGAGGCUGAGGCAUGAGAACUGCUUGAACCUGAGAGGUGGAGAUUGCAAUGAGCUGAGAUUGUGCCACUGCACUCCAUUCUGGGUGACAGAUCAAGACUCCACAUCAAAACAAAAACAACAAAAACAGAGUGUCCAUUAUCUAUACUGGAAAAACUGAGGUUGGCAUUUUGACAUGUAGUGUGGAAAUGCGGCUCAGGUCCAUUUAGUUUACCUAAACAGAUGAUGAAAUACUGUUUUAUGAAGCAUUCCCAAGUGCAAAGUUCUGCCUGUGUCUGUAAUGAUGGGAACAGUGAGAAUAAGGCUUGGAACAUGGAGCACACUGUGGGCCUGUGGCGAGUGGGACCAGUGGCACAUGCAUGCCUGGCUCACAGAGCAGCCUUUGGGUGACUUUGAAGACUUGGAAACAGGGGAUGUGCACAAGGGUAAAUCAGGCCCUAUUACUCAGAUGUAGAGAAAGAAGUUAAGGAAGAAAUUGACCCCAAUGAAGAGGAAAGUGCCAAGAAAAAGCAUCUGGAUAAGAAGAGAAAAUUGCAGGAGAUGUUUGAUGCAGAAUAUGAUGAAGGAGAAAGCACAUAUUUUGAUGAUCUUAAAGGAGAAAUGCAGAAACAAGCACAGAUGCGUCUGAAGAAACAUCGCUGGUAUAAGAAAAUCCUCAAGUCCCGAGAUCCAAUCAUUUUUUCUGUAGGGUGGAGGAGGUUUCAGACCAUCUCACUCCAUUAUAUCGAAGACCACAUUGGAAGACAAAGCCUUAUAACGUACAUGCCACAGCACAUGCAUUGUGGAGCAACCUUUUGGGGCCCUAUCACUCCACAGGGAACUGGUUUCUUGGCAAUACAGUCUGUCAGUGGCAUAAUGCCUGAUUUCCGGAUAGCUGCCACAGGAGUUGUCCUUGCUCUGGACAAAUCCAUAAAAAUUGUGAAGAAAUUAAAGCUAACUGGUUUUCCAUGUAAAAUUUUCAAGAACACUUUUUUAUUAAGGUCUGUAUAUCUAAAUAUUCUCAUAUUUAUAAAUGUCCACAUUGUUUGAGAAAAGGAAUGAAAUACUAAAAUAUGGGCCUCGUGUUGUUAGAAAAGUAUUUGAAAUUUUUUAUCAGCCUCAUAUCUUCUUUGUUUGCUCUCUGUAUUCUGUGUUACUUAUGCUCAAAAAAGCAGUAGUAACAGCUAUUUAGGAAUUGAGGCUGUUACUCAUGACUUCCAUGUGAGACUGCUACAGAACUCAUAUUGAAAAUAUGUCAUUUUAUCCACUGGGAUAAAAAUUGAAAAUACAUCAUUUUAUCCAUUUCUUACUUUUUGGAUUUGUGUUAAGAAAGGGGAAAAAAAUCACAAGUUUGUCUAACCAUUCAGUAGGAAGAUAGACAAAGCAUUUGCAGACAACUUGGCAAGGGUACAGAGAAAUGGAUGUACUGGUUUCCAGUAUCUGGUGAGGGUGGUUUGAGCAGCAUUUAUUGACAGUUUCCUUAGUAGGGAUGUUUCCAUUAAAAACACAGAGUUAGGAAGAUCAUAAAAUGUUCUUGCAACAUAAAGCAGUAAUAGCACUGCCAUGUGUCUUACUGUUUUCAUGUUCUAAGUGCAUGCACCUCAGUGAAAGGAUCUGGGCUGCGGUCCAGUCUGAGAGAUGUCAGCAAAGGCUGCCUAGGCCAGUUCAGUUCAGUAAAUCCCUCUUCGAUCUUCUCUUCCACACAGACAGCAGUGAUGAGCAUGCCCAUAAACCCACAUGAUUAUUUUGGGGAAAAUGAAAGAGUUGUAUUAUUUUUGAGUUAGUAAUUCAACUUUCAGGGGAAGUACAGUGUCAUCUCUGCCUGAAACACUUCUCCCAAUUUGUGCCCAC